AUGACCGAAAUGCACAAGCGCUACGUGAAGGAGCUGCCGCUGGCCAAUCCUCAGGACAUAUUCACGAACGGCGAGAUACGAUUGGACGAGUUGGACAUCCUGGGCUUCGAUUACGACUACACCUUGGCCUCCUACACGGACAAGUAUCUCGCGGAUCGAAAGACUGAAUUCGAUCCUGCCUAUGUUUACGAGGACGUCAGCAAGGCUAUCCAGCAUGUCCACGCCUCGCGCCUGCUGCACACCGAAAUCAUGAACCACCUGGAUGUCUACCUCAACGCCAAUCCGGCCCUGGGCGAGACCCUGUGGCGAGUAAAGGAGGCCGGCCGGCAGCUAUUCCUGGCGACGAACAGUCCGUUCGACUUCGUCAACGCGGGAAUGGAGUUCCUGCUGCAGGGCCACCUGCCCAAUGGAGUCAAGCACUGGACGGAGAUGUUCGACUUGGUGAUGACCAGCUGCCGCAAGCCGUCGUUCUUCCUCCACAAUCGCCCGUUCCGAGUGUACGAUCCUGCUACCGGCAGAGUGACCUGGGAUAGACCCAACCCGAAGAACUACUCAGGCCAAGUGCUGGUCGAGGGCUCGCUCAACCAAUUGAUUGCGCUCACCGGAUGGAAGGGCGAUCGUGUCCUCUACUUUGGCGACCACAUCUUCCACGACUUGAAGGAGCCCUCAUCGGUCGCCGGCUGGAAGACGGGAGUCGAGCGCUUGAUGAAGAAGUGCAUGUUUAUAUCUGGGGAGUGGUCGCAGGAGGUCGUUUUCGCCCUCCGGCAACACCGAAUACGGUUGAGGAAGGACCUGAAGAACUGCAUGAACCCCACCUUCGGGAGCGCCUUCCGAACGCACAAGCAUGCGUCGCACUUUGCGUAUCUGCUGCAGCGAUACUGCCGGGUGUACACGAGCAAGCUGGAGAACUUCCUCAACUACCCGACCCACUACGUCUUCUACCCCGAGCGAACGUUCCUCCCGCACGAGGCGCAGAUCCCUCCGGCCAGCCUGUGGAAGACCAUCUGCCCGCCCCGCGGCGACCAUCCCGCCGGAGACGAGUAA